UCUACUUUCGUUUUGAAGUUCCUAGUAACACCGCAAGUCGGAUUCUCCUGGUGGAAAGAAUGAAAAGGAAUAUCAGACAAUAUCAUAAUCUUACCAACUGUACGGCGAAAAUGGCAACUGCGCAGACUCAAGAACCAUAUUGGCAGUGUGAUAAAUCACUGGUCGAGUGUCUGAAUCAUUUAUUGACUUCCGGUAUAGGAAGUGACGUUACAUUCCUGGUUGGGGAGGACAAAUAUAGGAUUCCCGCCCAUAAAACUAUUCUCAUCAGCAGAAGUCCUGAAUUUUACGACAUGUUUGAGGGAAAUCUGUCAAAAAAUGGCGAAAUAGAAAUUCCGGAUAUUGAACAAGAGGUGUUCACAACGUUUUUGAGGUAUCUGUAUACAGACACGAUAGAACUGACCAUCAACACCGCAGCCUCUGUCCUGUCAGCUGCGCGAAAAUACAUGGUGGACCAUCUUGUCGAAAAGUGUGAAACCUUCUUGAAGACUUCUCUAACCACCGUAAAUGUAUGCCUACUAUUGGAACUAGCCCAUAUUUAUACGGAGGAAAGCCUAAAGGAGGACUUUGCAAAUAUGAUCGCAAGAUCACAAGAAGACGUGCUGAAGUCUGCAAGUUUCGUCGACUUGUGUGGCGUCUGUGUAAAGAGUAUCACAGAGUCGGACGACUUAGCGGUGGAGGAGAGCGUGGUGUACGAGGCGGUGAUGCGGUGGUCAGGGGUGGAGUGUGGACGUCAAGGCCUGGAGGUAACGGAUAUAAACAGACGGGAGGUACUAGGGGACAUAAUCUACACAGUCAGGUUCCCCAUCAUGGACACGAAGUAUUUCUUACACCAUGUUACUACGAGAGAUGUCCUGACGGCAGAACAGUUAGUGACCGUCAUGGGGUUACAGCAGGACAACAAGACAUAUCCAUGGACAGAAUUCAGCGUGAACCAACGAAAAGAUAGAAAACCAUUAAAAUGAAUAUUUGAAUGCAUAAGCAGACUUACGGGUAAGCGGAACAGUUGAUGGGAUACAUUGAGUCUUAAUGACAGUGGUUCCAUAUCUUUUGUCUCUACAGUUGACAUGUUCAUGCAUGGACUGCAGCUUUAUGGGUCGUAUGGGAGCGAUCGGAAUGUUCUAAUAUGAGUCUACAGUCCGGAUGGUGACACUCUAUAUAAGGAAACUCAUACGGUGUUAACAAAUGAGACAAUGUGUAAUAUUGAAUUCCAGCACGUUAUCAACAUAACACGAGAUCAUUCCUAUACUGUCGUCUUACACGGGGGAGUAAACACAAAGGUGUAUGGAAAUCAGGGAUGUAGCAAGGUGAAAUGCCGUGAUGGACAAAUCCCAUUCAUGGCAAGUUCAACUUUUCCAUGUAUAUACACAACCUUCGAUACGGGUCAAAUUCCAGGACUGUUGGUAUUUUUCUAAGUGUUUUUUCCGCCACAGCCGAGUACAUUUAACCGCCCAAGGACAAUAACAGACGCACUAUCGAUGUAGAUUACCAUAAAUAGUAUUGAUAAAUCGACAUUAAAGCUGAAAAUAUAUG